AUGAAUUAGGCUGAAGAAGAAAGUAAUACAAACAGUGUUUUUAUAGAUAUAGAUUCUCAGUAGCAAAGUAAAGGCUAACCAAAUUCCAAUCAAGCAUAAGUUUUAUCAUCAACAUAAGCUUAAGACGUAAGCCAGAUUGUUGACUCAUAAUAAGAUAAAUAUUUUAAUAUAAAUUAUACCGAAGCAAAUAAUUUGCAGAGCCUAGAUGAAAUCAUGAAUUUCUGCAAUUCAUCUAAGGCUCGCUCUUCAUCUAUUACAGUUGAUUAGAAGGAUUUGGGAUCAUUAUCAGGAAAACAUUUGAAGGAUAAAGAUGAAAUUUUAUCAAAUUUUUCAUUAUUUCCUAAAUUGAAUAUAGAGAAAAUAUAAAUAUCGUAGAGUUAUUCAUACUCAGAUAGGACCAUAGAUGCUUCUAACAAAAAUUAGGAUUAGGAUUAGUUAGGUGAUAACUUUUUAAUGGAAAAUAAAGCUAGUAAGACAGAAUAUAAAGGAUGUGAACAAUUAUAGUAAGAAUUUUAAAAAAAUGAAUUUGAAAUGAAUGAGGAAUAAAAUGCUACUUUUUAAGGGGAUAGUUAAGAAUUAACAAGCAUUUAACAUAAAAAUCAAAGCAUACCUCCUUUACAUGAAAAUAGGAUGGCAAAGUUAAAAAAUAGGAUGAAUUUAAAUAUUUAGCCUUAAGCAGCAAAAUCUGGAGAUUUGUAAUAAGGGAGCAAUCAAAAAGAAAAAGCUAAUUUUUCUUCACCAAUUAAUGAAAUACAAAGCGAUAACUCCUCUUCUAGCAACCAAAAAGACAAACUUAAUAUUGAAGAAUUAAUGCAAGAAAACAAAAAACAUAAUUUAAUAUUAGAUAUCAAGAAUAAAAUGCACAAUCAAAAUUAGGAUUAAGAUGAGGCUGAGGAACUUGUGUAAAAUGAUGAAUUUACAAAGAUGUUUUAGUCUAAUUGCCCAAUUAAAUCUCCAACUCUACCAAAGCCCAAAAAAAAAUUAGAUUAAUCUUAGCAUAAGAUGAACUCCUCACUUGAAAUUUCAACAGAAAGAAAAUAAAAUUCAUCUUCUAGUACAAUUAAAGAAGAUCUCUCUAUUAAAGGCGAAAUAAAUUCUUAAUUGAGCAAGCAAACAUUAGAAUCUGAUAUAUAAAACUAUUGCCAAACAAACAAUAAUAAUUAAGAAGCACCAUAAAUCCAAAGUUUAUCCUAAGUAGAUAAAAUUCCCAAUACUCAUGACAAUAAUUAAGGUAUAUAGCUAAGUUUUAUAGCAGAUAUAAAGUCUGUAAGGAAUUCCAAGGUAAAUGCUUUUAGAUCAAGACUAACUUUGAGCUAACAUGAAGCAGAUAAUGAAGAAUUCAGAAAGAAAAGUUCAACUAUUUCUGUAGAUCUAUUGUAAAUGCAAGAGCCAAUUUCGAUUAAAGAUUUAUAAAAGAACUAUUCCUCUCACACUACAGAAACUCCUUUGACAAAUAAAAAAAAUCUUUAAGUAAAUUAAAAGAGACAAUCAUAUUCUAAAUCUUUCAAAUCUGAUUUUCAAAUUGAUGAGACAAAUGAUGAGUAUAAAGACGUAGAAUAAUCACAAAUUCACUAGCAGUAAAUGAAUAACGAGGUAGUUACUUCUCUUGAAAAGACUGUUUCCAGAAGAUUUGAAAGGAAAGAUCUUAGAAUAAAAGUAAAUCCUGUUAAGGACCAAGAAAAAGAAGACGUCUGGGAUUCGGAUGACUUAACUUCUAAUGACUAGAAUGCAUAAGAAGAACCUAUUGUUACAAAGGCAAAAUAAGGGAGUCAUAAGUUUGAAGAUAUUUAUUAUCUGCUAAACGGUAAACCUUUGGGAGAAGGUACGAGUGGUUGUGUUUAUCAAUGCAAAAAGCUUAAUUAAGAAGAUGAGACUGUGUAUGCAGUCAAAGUUAUGAGAAAUGUAGAUGAAGAGAUGAGCAAAAGUAUUUUCUAAACAUUUGGAAUACAGUAUCGCCUUUAACACGAAUACAUCUCUAGAGUGUAUGAAGUUUACUUCAACGAGGAUAACUAAACUGUUCACUAUGUUAUGGAUUUUAUACCAUUUAGGACACUUGAUUCUGUAGUUAAAGAUAAAAGAAGAAACAUGAAAGAAACUGAAGCAAGCGGUAUUAUUUAAAAACUUUUAAAAGCUGUUAUGUAUAUGGAACAAAGAGGUGUCUGUCACCGUGAUUUAAAACCUGAAAAUAUACUUAUCUCUGAAGAUUUAUAGUAACUUAAAAUUAUUGAUUUUGGCAUUAGCAAAUCUUUUGUCAAGUCAUAGCGAGUACAGCAUAUUACUUAAUACUAUAAGCAUAAGAUGUAUACACCUACUGGAACUCCUCAUUAUAAAGCUCCGGAGAUACUACUUGGAGCUGGAUAUACAUAAUUAGUUGAUAUGUGGGCAGUUGGAAUUAUUGCAUAUCAAUUAAUUGCUAAAGGAAAGCAUCCUUUUAAGUGUGAUUCAAAUUAGGAAUAAGAUGCAAGAAUUAUGAAGUAUUAGUUUGAUUAAACAGACGAAGGAUGGGUAAAUGCUUCUUCUAAUGCAAAAAAUUUUAUAAAAUCUUUACUACGACCAAAUCGUAUGCCAGCUUUUGAGGCUCUUAAGCACCCUUGGAUUGAAUAAAGAAAAAUUGAAGUUCCUGCUGAUGAUGAUAACCACUCCUCAAACAAGUAAGAGAAAAAGCCUAUAAAUGAUAAUAUGACUAUUUCUGUUCCAACACUUUUCUUAUAAAAGCAAUUUAAUCAUUUUGGAAUUACUGUGACAAACAGCGAAUAACGUUAGAGGAGCGGGUUUUUGAAGAGAGCAAAUUAGGGAGAAAACUAUGAUGAUUCUAUUCCUCUUAGGGCAUGUAAUACAAUUUAAUCAACUAAUGAAUUUGAUCUUGAAGUAUCAGGAAAUAGCAAUAUAUAAAUUAGCAAUUAUGGAAUUCAAAGCCAAAAUUAAAAUAAUAAUGUUAAUGAAUAGUAAAAUUUAAGUCAUGGAAAGCUAUAAAUACAAAUUUAAGGUUUGAAUAAUAAUUUAAAUAGCUCAGAAUAAGUAACUCCUGUUUUAGGUAAAAAAAAGCACAAUAUACAAGGUUUUGCAUCUACUUAAGAUGUUGUUCAUGUAGUCAUGAGACAGAAGCUUAGUGAAAGCAAAGAAAAAAUGAUGUAAUUUUUUUUAAAGGCAAAUGCUAUUAUAAAAAGUUUGGAAGAAGAAAAGUUGCAACAAUAAAAUUCUCUAAAACGUACUCACUCAGCAGAAAAACAGAGCGAUUCUCCUCAAUCACCUGAAGAGGUUUAUAGUAAACCCUUGCUAAACAAUAGCAUUAAUCAAGGGAUGCAGGCAUUCAGCAUUUACAAAAAUAACUCUAUUGGAUUCAAUCCAUAGAAAGAUGAUCCUGUAGCUUUGAAUAGCAGUGGCUUUGAACAGAAUUAACAGUCUAUUUUUAUGCCAUAAUAAAUAAUACAAUAAUAGAAUUAUACUUAAGGUUCUAUUGAUGAGUAAACACGAAACAAAAUUAAAUUAAAUAAUAGUUUUGCAGGAUAGCAAAACCUAUAAAAUAUACUAAGCAAAGGAGCUCAAAGCAGCUUAUAAUCUCUUGGAAAGAAUACUUCCAUAAAUGAAGGAAAUAGUUCUAUGCAAAUUAAUUAGUCAAUGAAUAAUGCUAUGAUCUACUCGACAUCUGAUUUCAGUAAUAUGAAAUUCUCUAGUUUAAUGUCAAGGAAGACAACUAAUAUUAAUAAAAAGGGAAUAAUCGAGAAAAGGUAUGUCCGUCGUAAUAGUCAACAACAGACUAAUUGCAUGGAAAAAAGUAUAAUCUUUACUAAGGAAGUAAUUGGUGAACUAUAAAAAGACCCUGCGAUAUAGGAAACUAUUGAGUAGUAACAAAUACUUUUAAAUUCUACCUUACCAUUUACAAUAGGCUAAUCUAUCUCUAAUAGCGAAGGCUAAAAUAAUGAGCAGUAACAAAUGACUGAUAGCAUUCAGCUAAAGAAUUUUAACCCAAAUUACUAUGGUAAUUAGAAUAUAAAACGCUUUAGUAGUUAUGCUCGCAAUUAACAGUAAAAUUUAAAUAAUGCACAACUCUAACAAAACUCAGCAUCAUAGAGUAUUAACUAAUAGAUUAGGUUAUCUAUGAACACUUCAAGACCAAUAGACAUAUUUUCUAAGGGCAUAGACAGGGUUAUGAACGAAGAAGAAAUUUAAAAAGAAAAGGAAAAAUGGAAUUUAAUUCAAAAUAAUAUGGAUUAAAAAAGUGAUAGUAGUAGUGGUGAUGAUGAUAGUGAUGGUGAUAGGGAUGAUAGCUCGGAUGGAAAUAAUAAUGAUUCAAAUUCCUCUUGCAUGAAUCAUUAAAGUGGAGACAACACAUUUAUAACUGACAUUACCAAAUUUAUGAUUUUAAAUCCAAACCAAAAUAAUUAAUUUAAUUAAAGUGAAGUUUAAAAGAAUAAAAAGGAUGAAUCCUCCUCUUAAGUAAACUAACAAGAACAAACUUAGGCUUAGGCAACAAAUCCAGAAAAUUAAAACCAAAAAAAUGAAAACUUAAAUUUAAUUGUCAAUAAAAUAAAUGGUGACACUUCCUCUUUAAGCAACAUAGGCAGCGAAGAAUAAAAAGAUUAAGAAAAAAAAAGUUUAUCACAAUCUCCUAUUAAUAGUUAAAAUUAAUCGAAAAAUAAUUCAUAAAAUCAGUAAGGAGGAAUAUUUUAGAGCGCCCCUUAUACUAAUUAUAUGAACAGUAGUAAGGAUGAUAAAAUAAAUUAAACUUUACUAAGCAUUUAAAACCCAAAUAGCAGCAAUGUACUCUAACCUGCAGCUGUCCUUACUACAAAUGGUGGUAUAGCCACUAAAGAGAAUAUAUCAAGUAAUAGCUCACUUUCUGGUAAAGUAGAAAAUUAACCAAACAAAAUAAAAAAUUAGAAUAAUUAAGAUGAGAAAUAAUAAAAUUAAUAAGUAUUAAAAGAUUCUAUGAAUAGCAGCUAAUAAAACCAGAACAAUUUACUUUCAUGUGUUAACUGCAACUAGUCUAAUUUAAAUUGCAGUAACUGUGAAAAUUAAUUUAAGAUAGACACAAUUCUAGAAACACAUGUACCAGACGUGACUACUUCUCAAAAAAUAAAUUCAAACCUUAAUUAAAACGUCUUUACAAAUUAAUAACUAAAUUAAAAAAGAUAAAUUGAUACUUCAUAAAUUAUCGAUGAAAAAGUAUUAAAACAAAAAUAAAAUUAAGCAGAAACUAGCAUACUUGAGUCGUCAGCUUGCAAUAAUUUAAGUUUUAUUGAAAUGAAUAACUCAAAUAUAUUUGCAAGUCCUUAUAAUUAAUAUGAAGAUUUUUUAAACACUUCAUUAAAAAAAAAUACUAACUUGUUGAGUAUGAAUGUUAGUUAGGCUUCAAGUAUAAAUGCAAAUAUUUCUCUUAGCGGAAGUGCAAAUAGUGGAAAUACAAUUCGUUCACUUCAUGCUAUGACAAAUGCAAAUAAUAAUCAGCACGGAAAUAGUAAUAACACAAAUAGUGAUUGUGGUAGUAUUCACCUUUAAUAAGUAAAUUAAAAAGAUAAAUCAAACUCUUCGAAAUUUAAGUAGUCUGAUUAUAUUAACAACUCCCAAUUUAAGAAACCACACAAUAAAUUUGAUUUAGAUAUGUCCGAGUCGCAAUCAUAUACUCCUUAAGAAAAUCCAUUAUAGACUAGUAUUUAAAGAUAAAUAUUAGAUUCAGGAUUAAAUACUAGUAAUGAAGUAACUCCUUCUAAACUAAUAAAUGGUUUAAGUGAAGAUAUUCCUUAAAACUCCUUAAAUUUGGCUUAAUAAAAUGUUUAAUCAUUCAAUUCAGGGCAUAGUGAACAUAGUAAAGAAUCUAGCUAAGGUAGCAAGAAUCAACAAAUUUAAUAAAAUUCACAUUUAAUGGAAGAUUAAAAUAUAGCAGGUCCUCCACCAAUUUCGCCAAAUAAGAAGAAUUUAAGCUAAUAAAUAGAUGCCAAAGAUGACUCUUAAAGUGAUAAAAGCAGUUUUAAAUACUCAAAUUAAUCAGGAAAUAAUAGUUUAGAUGGCUAAUAAAAGCAGCAAGAUUUAUAAAGAGAACAGUAAAACACACUUAAUUCUAAAUUAAAUUAAAAAUAUAAGUACUUAAAUUCUAAUUAUUCAACCAUAACAGAAGAAUCUGAUAUUAAAAGUUGUUUGUCCUCUUCAAUAGCAUAAAGUUAAAAAAUUGGAUUAGAAUUUGAGUCUACUAACUUAUCAAUAGGUUAACAUUUUAAUAAAUAAAACUAUACUAGAUCGAUGACUUAAAUGGUAUAAAGUAACUCAGAAAAAAACGAAAACAGUUAAAAUAAUUAUAGUGGAUAAAAUAAUAUAGCAAGCUCUACUUCAACCAUAUCUACUAACCAGUGUAAUAUUACAACAAAUCUUUAACUAAAGGAGUUAAAAUAAAGGCAAGACAACAAUAACCAAGCUGGUUAAUCGCUAGAUGAAUUUGAUUCAAAUGAUGAUUUAGAAUAACAACAUAAUAAUGAAACCAAAAGUUAAUUAUUAGAUAGUAACAACUCUUAAAAAAAGCUGAAUUCUUCAUCGUUUAAAAACUCAGGAUUUUAAAAAAUGAGCUCAUAAUAAGGUACAAAAUCAAGUCCUCAUUUUAAUAACACAAAGAACUUAGUUUCUAAUUAACUCGAUGAAGUUUUCGGAUAAAUGUAAAAUUCCUCAUCGUUUAUGAAAUAAGAAGAAGAAUUCGAUAUAAAUGUAGGCAAGCAAAUUGACAGAAGCAAAUCUCCAUUUAAUUCAAAAUCACAUCCAGCUCUAUCACCAAAUAACAAGUAAAUAUCUAGUUUACAAAAUAGUAGCGAAAUUGAAUAAUUACCUUCAUUAUUUAGUGAAUAACCUCCAAUAUUAAAACAUAGAAGCAGCAGUAGAUUGUUAGAAAUGUCUGUUGGGCUUCAAUAAGUAACUCAAUCAAGAGAUUUAUCAGAUGAUCACAACGAAGUAAAAAAUGAAAGCUCCUAAAAACCAUAAUUUUAUAAUUAAGAUUUACACAAAAUAGAGGUAAUCCCUGAAUUAAAAUAUGAUGAAGGGGAAGUUGAUAAUUCUAACUCAGAUAAUGCAGAUUUAAAUAAUGAAAAGAAAAUAGAUGAAUAAAUUAAUGAAUGA